GGCAGUGUGCACAUCUAGAACUAAACAGGUUAAUUCAACUUUAGAGUUAAAACACAUUUUGUAUGUUCAACGUGUUAUUAUCUGUUUUCUGUUGAGACUCCUGGCCAUGUUUCAUGUAAUGAGGAAAAUGUACCUGUGGGGUACAUAAAAUGUGAUCAAAGGCGGAAAAUAUUUCAUAUAGUUGUUGUUGAGGAUAUAUUAUUAUCAGGUUUCAUGCCCACUGACAUUCCAUGUUAAAGGAAAAUAUUGUUUAUAUAUGAAAAAUGGCGGCAGUAGCAGACGACUUCUGGAAUAUUUACUCUAAAGAAUGGCAGGAAGCUAACCAAUCAUUGAGAAGCGAGAAACACGACGAAGAGAUUAUAUACCUUCUUAUGCAAAUUGUUAGGGGUGUUUAUGAUUUCUGUGUAAAUGAAACGAAAAAUUCACACCACAAAAAGACAACAGAGGAGCUGACUGAGUCAUACCUACAUCAUAAACUGCCACCAUCAUUGCACAGGGACCACGUGACAAAUCCAGUUAGGUCGUUCGUACAUCGUUGUGUAGGAUGUUUGCAUCAAAUGUGCUUAUUGAAACAUUCCCCUCUAUAUAUUUACUGGAUCCCCAAGGGAGAGGUCAUUGAUAAACAGAAGUUUGACAUAAAAGGUGACAAAGAUGAACAUGUAUGUGACUGGACAGUGUGGCCUGCAGUUAUACAUACAGAUGGAACUGUAUUGAAGAAAGGGGUGGUCAUUCCUGUUUGACAAUAUUAUAAUAUUUUCAGAAUGUUCGGUUUUAUAGAUAUUUCAAAAGAGUUUAUGUUAUGUACAAUUCACUUCAGUUUUAUAAUGUUUUGUUUCCUGGUUGUAAAGUAAUAUCUUUAUUAGAAACUUUGAUUAUUAUAUUAAAUUACCCUGUUAACAUGGUUAAUUUGACAAAAUAAUGAAAAGGAUGUUUAUUACUUAGUAACGAGACGUUAAGUUUGGUGAGAUAUUUCUGACUCUUCAUGACUAAAUGCUGCUUCGAAUUGAUAAUGAAAAUGUGACCCUAGUUCUAAUAAUAUGCGCGGUUACCGUACGUGAAUACAUGUAUAUAUAUUUCUUAUAAUGGUUAUUCAUUGUUGCUAGCGUAUAAGUAAAAUAAUUCAUUUUAAAGAAGAACAUGAACAUUUUAUAUGACAAACGAGAAAUAAUUCCGUUAGAUUAGUAAUAUCCUGAUAGUUUAAUAGGAUAUUAAACUGAAGCAAUUGAUGUCUUGGAAAUGUCCUAUUGAUUGUACAUGCAUUUUUAAACCCCCGCCAUAAGUGGUGGGGGUUAUAGAAAUGGUCUCCGUCCGUCCGUAACACUUUGUGUCCGCUUUGUAUCUCCUAAACCCCUUGAAGGAUAUUCAUGAAACUUGGGUCGAAUAAUCACCUCAUCAAGACGAUGUGCAGAACUCAUGUGUCAGCCAUAGUGGCUCAAGGUCAAGGUCACAACUCAAGGUCAAAAUUAAUGUUUGAGCCUUCCAUUUUGUGUCCACUCUGUAUCUCCUAAACCCCUUUAAGGAUUUUCAAAAUCAUUGAUGAUGUCAUACAUGUACUAUAAAAUAUACUUAACAACCUCAAUGCUUCCACCCAAUGCCAUCAACACUUUCACUAUUCAUAACAAUGGCGGGGGAUAUAGCUGUCUUUCAGACUUCCUUGUUCAGUUUGCUUUACGACAAAACUUAUACUUUCACUGCUGUUUUACUAGACUGUACAUUGUUUCAUUAUUUGUAGAUAAAAGUCAAUGUUUUUGACACAAAUGUUUGAAUUCCUAGAUAUUAUAGCCUUAUAUUAUGUUUAGACGUACGGUAUGUUUGUUUUAACUAAUUCUUUACUAAAUCUUUUAAUCUUAAAUAGACAUGGAAUGGCGGCAGUAUGAAAAAAAUAUCACCCGUCCUGACGGUUACAUUUACAUUAUAAAACUGACGACCUUCUUGACAAAUAUGUCAGCAUGAAAGUACAUUGCAUUGUUAAGUUUGUUUACUUUAUAGCAAUUUGUUUCAGAAGGGGUUCAUUUUGAAAUGAAAGUUUUUUUUAACUAGACGGAGAGUAUCUUAGUAUCUUAAUCUAGAUUAGGUUAUUCAAUUUGUGUUACACUUCAUUUUCAUGGCUGCUCACUUUUUGUACAUAUUACAUAUAUUAAGUGUAAGUCUUAUACAAUCGGUACAUAUUCUUGCUGCUAUAUAAUACAGCCAUGUACAUGUUGCAUAAUAUUAUUUUACAAGUAUAACAAGCUCAAACCAAUAA